CUUGCUGUUGAUUCAAAUCCACUCCAGUGUGUCAAUGAUAUAUUAGAGCAUUGACCUUUGGUUAGACUGAUGAACAAAUAUGAUCUGAUACAUAAUCUUAGGGGCAGAUAGAUGGUGCACUGGGCCUGGAGUUGGGAAGAUUCUUGAGUUCAAAUCUGGUUUCAGACAUUUACUAGCUGUAGGACUCUGGGUAAGUCACUUAACACCCUGUUUGUCUCAGUUAUCUCAUCUAUAAAAUGAGUUGGAGAAGGAAAUAGCAAACCACUCCAGUACCUGCCAAUAAAAAACAAGAACUGAAUAAGUAAUCUUAGGUCAGUGCUCUAUACCACAUGCUCUCUUCCCUGUUGCUUUCCUGGGAUUGGUGAUUUGAUAGAUUGAGGGGUUUUUUUUGUGUGUUAAUGCAGCCCAUAUUAGAGUAGAGAGUAGUUCCUUUGUGUAUAGAGUAGUUGGAUACCAGCUAGAAAUACUGACUGUAGCUAAUUUGUGAAAGACUGGGGGUUUUAGGUGAGUCUGGGUUGUUUGGGAGAGAUGUUUUUCAGGCAUUGGGAAAUACUAUAAAUGGAUGGACUCUGGGGGCUCAGGGGAGAGUUAGAGCUAUUUUCAAUUUAUCCUGUGUAUAGCUUAUUCCCCCUGUUUUGUGAGCUCCUGGAAGGCAGGGACUGUCUUUUACCUUUGUAUCCCUUAGUCAAGUGCCCAGCACAUAGUGGGUACUUAAUAAAUUUUUAUUGAAUAGCCAUACUGUUCCUCAGGUGACGGACAAGCCUUGAAACACCCCAAAACCAGCAGAAAUUAAUGUGAUGUGGGCUUAAUAUUUAAUAUAAUCUAAAUUGAUAUCCUUUGAUGGGGGAAAGCUUACAACCACAGAAGUAACAGAAUCUUUCUUCCCUCGUUAAAAAGGAAGAGAGGAAAGAACAAAGAUUCAUACUUAUCCAUUUUUUCACACAUCUCUUAAUGGGAAGUCGAAAAGUAAGAUUUCAGAAGGUAGAAGUGCAGAAAAGUGCAUUGUAAACCUGGGGGACAGACAACCUUUGCAAAGGUCCAGAGGUGAAAGAUGGGAUGCCAAGUAAUGGGGUCAAACUAGUUUGGCCUUGAAAUAUUUGUGUUUGUGAAGAAUAAUGAAAUAAAACAAAGCCAGAAGGGUUUUUAAGGGCCAGGCAGUGUAGUUUUGUAUUAGAGAAAAAAAUUCAUGAAAGUUACUUAUCAGGAUACUGAUGAAGUCAAAUCUGUGCUUUAAGAUUAUUUUGACAAUUUAAGAUGAAAAGAAUGAAAGUACCAAAUCAAGUGGAGGAAUGUGAGAUGUUCAUAGAAUUUGGUCAUUAGGAGGGUUAAGGGAAGGGAAGAACUCAAGAAUGAUGGAGAUUGUAAAUGUGUUACUGGAAUAAUGGUGACUUUUUAGACUUUUUUUUAGUGAGGCCAUUGGGGUUAAGUGACUUGCCCAGGGUCACACAGCUAGUAAAUAAGUGUUAAGUGUCUGAGGCUGGAUUUGAACUUAGGUACUCCUGACUCCAGGGCCGGUGCUCUAUCCACUGUGACACCUAGCUGCCCCUAGACAUUUCUUUUGAUUCCAUAAUAUAUCCAUUUAGAGAUAAUCUAACGGGCAUUUAGCUAUCAUUCUCUGAUGUGGAAAUGGAGUUAAGGAGAGAUGAGGAUAAUGGUUAUUGAACCUAUUAGAGGGUGAUGAGAUCACAAAGACAGAAUGUAGAGAGGAAAAAGGGCCUAAGACAGGAGGUGGGAUAUAUGAUAAUCCAGCAAAGGACACUGAAGGCCAGACAACAUGAGAGAAAUCAGUGUCAAGAAAAUGGGUAGACAAUUCUGGAGGGGUGGUUGAGUCAAUAAAAAUAAAGGAGGAUGAGGACGGUAAAGGCCAACAAGAUUAGACACUGAGAAACUGAUAACCUUGGAAGAAGUGGUUCCUAUGUUUAGGUUCUGGACACAUAAGAACAAAUCCCAAACAAUCCCUAUUUAAGAACUUUAAAAGUAGCAGUGAAUGUAGAGUCCAGCAUUUUCUAGGAGUUUGGCUGUGAAAGGAAAGAAACCCUUGAAGGGAUGACAGUAUGGUCAAGUGUAAGGCUUUUGCAAUGGGAAAGACCUGGGCAUUUCUCAUUAACUCCACAUCUACCUUCUAAAACAAGGCCAUCUUGCUAUUUCUUGUCUUUCCAUCUGGCCUUCCUCUUCAAAACAUCCACACCUGAAUUCUGCCCAUUCUUGAUCCUGUCUACCAUACCACAUUUUUUGACAACAUACGAAGGACAUAAUGGGUGUGAUCAGGCACUGUCCAGGUAGGAAAUACCUUAAUAGAGAUAACCUAAGAAAAAGGAAGUCUGCGUUUGAAGAGUUUCCCAGGGACCUUGGUCUCUGGGCUUUACAUUAAAGUGUAAGCCUUUAUGGCAGGAGCUGUUCAAUUGGCCAUUGUGCACUUGGCACUGAGUAGCUUAUAAAUGCAUAUUAAAUUGACGAUGUAGGAUGAAAAGAACUAGCCAUGCUAUGGCAGCUCCAGUCAGAGUUGUAUGGGACCAUCUGCGGUUUACCCCCUGAUUUUAUAGAGGAGGAAACACCCAGGAUUAUAACCCAUUUCAUCUCUGUCAGCACUGAUUUGAUUUGCAGAUAAAAAUGAGUAGCUUCAGCAAGAAUCUAGAUACAUCCAAAAAACUUUCUUUGGAAGAGAGGGGAAAACUUCCAGUAGAAAUCUGGGAGUCCUUAGAGGGUGCUUUUCUAUUUCAGCUUCCCCAGAGAGCAGAGUUAAUCAGUUUGUUUAGGUUUACAGUAAAGAGAGUCCAGGUUUUAUUACGUCCAGAAAGGGCAGAAUUCGUAGACCAAGAUUUAAAUGGAGCGUCCCUAAUAGGUUUGCCUCUGGCCUUUUGUAGGUCUUCAGACUGCCCUUCAGUAAGCUGUGGCUGAGAGCCUUACAGCUUUCUAGAACCUCGGAAUUUGGGUGCCUGGGCUGGGUGGUUCAGAAAUGGUUUGUGGCGCCUGGGGCUUGGAAUCACGUAACAAUGUGGGCGGGGCCUGAAAGGCCUGGAACUGUUCAGGGUCCUGGCAAAGGGAAUUCCACUGGGGCCCAGGUGCUGGGCCCGCUGAGAUGGUGCGGCUGUCGGAGCGCUCCCUGCGGCAGGAAAAGGAGUUCAUCCUAGAUGGGGUGGCGUUGAGCUCCAUGGCCAGCUCCUAUGAACGCACCUUGCCCAAGCUCUGGUCGGCUAUACCUCCUUAUAACGCACAGCUGGACGUCCACGCCCGCUCCUACUUCCAAUCUCCCGUGGUUCAGUCCGUGUUGCGAAAGACGGACCAGACACAUGGUGGGACAAGUCAAGAUGGCUGGAUAGUAGAUUACUUCCACAUCUUUGGGCCAGGACAGAGGUAUCUGAACAGGAGAAAUUGGGCGGGGGCAGGGCACUCCCUUCAGCAGGUGACCGGCCAUGACAGCUACAAUGCAGAUCUUAGAACAAUCAGGGGUUACAAUGGGCGAUUUGGCUAUCGUCGAAAUACCCCUGCCCUUCGUCAGCGCACAUCAGUUUUUGGAGAAGUCACCGCAUUUCCACUAUUCUAGCACAGCCUGACCUCACUGGUCUCCUCUUCUCUUCAUUCGUUACCCUCUUUCCCAUU